GCCCGGUGAUGGGCUCCCUCAAGAUAGCACUCACUAACGACGGCCGAAGCAAGAGACUGUAGCUCCAGUGGAACCAGGAGUUACUUCUCUUCAUUAUGACAGAGAAUCUUAAGCUCAACGGUUGGGUUGUCAGUAGUGGCAGUAGCGAGAGCCAAUAGGCCCCAAUAGAAGACUCUAGCCUUUACCCUAUUCAGAGAAAGGUACGAGAUAUACGAGACCAUCUGUGGAUCUUUGCUGUGCCUCCACUUCUGCUACGGUGUAUGAAAGUGCGACGAGGAGGGGUUCUGUAGCUCCAGGUUUUGGUUUAAACACAAUGGCAGGGCCAGUAUACCCCCCAAGUAUUUCACUCGCCUUGCUGGGUUUUAACAUUUCAACCCUGUUAUAUAUAGCUUUCCGGGAUGGCAGACUCAAAGCAUACAGACUGGACUGCCUACCACUACUAUCCUUCCAAGGCUGCAGGUAUAUUGUUUGUUGUCCUAUUCCUCAUUCUUUCCGUCAUCCACACAUACCGUCUACUUAGAACCCGAGCAUGGUUCUUCGUCCCGUUGGUGACAGGCACUUGGUUUGAGGCUGUAGGGUACAUCGGACGUGUUCUGUCGGCCAACGAAUCCCCAGAUUGGACAAUCAGUCCCUACGUGAUGCAAAGUACCCUUCUGCUCGUUGCACCCGCGCUUUAUGCCGCUAGCAUAUACAUGGAGUUGGGCCGAAUCAUCCAUCUAGUCAAGGCGUCAAGAUCGGCAAUAAUCCGGGUGACAUGGAUGACCAAGAUUUUCGUUGCAGGAGAUCUGCUCAGCUUCCUAAUGCAGGCUUCAGGUGCGGGUAUUAUGGUCUCUAAUUCUAAAAGCACUGGUGAAAAUAUCAUUCUGGGUGGCCUGUUCGUCCAGAUCAUUUUCUUUGGAUUCUUCCUCAUCAGCGCUCUUGUUUUCCAGAGAAGAUUAACCAGGAGUCCCACUUCAGAGUCCGCGGAUCAUAGCAUCCCCUGGCAAAAGCAUAUGUUUGCAUUGCACUUCUCAAGUCUUCUCAUUCUGAUCCGGUCGGGCUUUCGAGUUGUGGAGUAUAUUCAAGGCUCGGAUGGCUUCCUACUCCGAAAUGAAGUCUUUAUUUACGUGUAUGAUGGGCUUCUAAUGCUCUUUGUAACCGUUGUCUUUCUGGCCAUUCAUCCAGGUGAAUUUAGUUGUCUCUUAGGCCAAUAG